GCGGAAGCGCUGCGCGGAGUGGGCGGGGCCAGCGGAGCCGCCGGAGCCGCCGAGGCGCGGCGGCAGAAUGACACGAUGGACGCGAGCGGCGGCCCUCUUCUCCCCGACAGCGUCCUCUACGAGAUCUUCCUCUACCUGGACCACGUAGACGUGCUCUCGGUGGGGCUCGUGUGCCAGCAGUGGCACGCCGUGGCCCGCGACGAGUUCCUGUGGAAGGAGCUUUUCUACCGCUACUACCGCAUCUCCCGGGAGGUGCCCCGGCACCCAGCUGCUGUCUCCUGGUAUGAUGAGUUCCAGAGGCUCUACGAUACCAUCCCUUGUGUGGAAGUGCAGGCCCUGAAGGAGCACAAUGACCAGGUUUUGCACCUCAGCUUUUCCCACUCUGGCUGUUUGUUUGCAUCGUGCUCCAAAGACUGUACUGUCAAGAUCUGGAGCAAUGAGCUGGACAUCUCCCUGCAGCACAGCUCCAACAUGAGGCCGUACAACUGGAGCUACACACAGUUCUCCCAGUUCAACUCCGAUGACUCGCUCCUCCUGGUGUCCGGUGUCUUUGUGGGGCCCCACAACUCCUCCUCAGGAGAGAUUGCUGUAAUCAGCAUGGAGAACUUCACGCUGCUUUCCAGGGUGAGGAAUAAACCCUACGAUGUGUUUGGCUGCUGGUUGAAUGAAACCAACUUGAUAUCUGGCAAUCUGCAUCGGAUUGGGCGUAUAACCUCCUGCUCUGUGCUGUGGCUGAACAAUGCUUUCCAGGGCAUAGAGUCCGAGAAUGUGAAUGUAGUGAAGAGACUGUUCAAAAUCCAGAACCUGAACGCCAGCACUAUCCGGACGGUGAUGGUGGCCGACUGCAGCCGCUACGAUUCGCCGGACCUGCUCCUGGACUACGAGGAGCAGCUCGCUGCCUCCUCCACCUCCACCUGCCGCGUCUUUGAUCUUGGCAGUGACAGCGAGGAAGAGGAGGCCAAGCCCAAGCAGCCUCCGGAGCCAGCAGUACAGGAAUUGCUGGAUGACGGGGGUGUGCCAGCAGAGGAUGGGCUGCAGCAGCUCUUUGAUGAUAUCAUGGAGGGCCGGGUGAGGCCUGCCAUGACCGACACGGAGCUCGAGACAAAGGUGGCUGAGCUGUUUGUACGCAACAGAACUAAACCCCCUGAGCUGAACCUGCUCUCCACGGACAGCAACAGCAAGACAAAGUACUUAAUCUUCACCACAGGAUGCCUCACCUACUCCCCACACCAGAUAGGGAUUAAAAGGAUCCUGCCCCACCAGAUGACGACUGCUGGCCCAGUGCUCGGGGAGGAGAGGCGCUCGGAUGAGUUCUUUGACUCACUGGAUCACGUCAUCGACAUCCAUGGGCACAUCAUUGGCAUGGGCCUCUCCCCUGACCACAGGUACCUGUAUGUGAACAGCCGGGCCUGGCCCCGCGACUGCGUCAUCUCUGACCCCAUGCAGCCGCCCCCCAUCGCCGAGGAGAUCGACCUGCACGUGUUCGACCUGAAGACCAUGAAGGAGGUGAAGAGAGCCCUGCGGGCACACCGGGCCUACACACCCAACGAGGAGUGCUUCUUCAUUUUCCUGGAUGUCAGCAGGGACUUCGUAGCGAGCGGGGCAGAGGAUCGCCACGGCUACAUCUGGGACCGGCACUACAACAUCUGCCUGGCCAAGCUGCAGCACGACAAUGUGGUCAACUCGGUGGCGUUCAGCCCGGUGGAGCAGGAGCUGCUCCUCACCGCCAGCGACGACACCACCAUCAAGGUGUGGCGCUCCCCUCGCGCCGUGCGCAGCCGGCAGGCCCGGAGGCCCCGGCCCAGGAAACUGCUCUUCUCCUGGCUCUUGAACCAGAAAAGCUGAACUUGGCUCCACCUGCAGCUUCUCACUGCAGCCACCUCUGGAGCCUGCAGAGCCUCGAGCCCUGCGCAAGAGACAAGCUCUGGGCACUGAAUCCCAUCCACUGAGUCAGGAGGGGCCCUGGUAGCGGGAAUUGCUUCCUCCUUGGAGCGUCUGCUUCAGAGACAGAACGUAAGAGCCAAGGGCCCGCUCCUGGGCCCCGCAGACGCAGCCUGAGCUGGUCACUGCAGGGUGGGCUCCCCACAGCUUCUCACAAACGCUGCUACUUGGUCACAGCUCGCUCAGGGUGAGCUCUGGUCUCCAAGAACACACUGAGGCGCGUCCCCAGUGCUGGUACUGGUGAGCCUGGGACGUGGCUGACCUCGCCGAGAGCUGCCACUGCAGAGCACUUGGCAGAGCCCGGCGCAGCGCUGCUCCACUGCAGGACUCUUUUAACAUAGUUUUAUUCAUGGUUUUGUCCCAAACCUCCCCAGGCAGUUGGGCUGGCUGCUGGGCAAGGCCAGUGCCUCCUCCCUGAGGGCAUCUUUGCCCUGGAGGGCAGCAGGGCUGGGGGGGCAGCCACUGCCCAGCCCAUGCCUUCUGUUGGCAACAUGUUGAUCUUGCCAGUUGCAAAACUUGAGCGUGGGGAGGCUGGUGGUGACGUGGUGUUGGCUUUGCCUCUCCCUUCCUCUGCUCAGUAGCACUUCACUAAGCUGUGGCACUGGUAACACACUUACUGCAGGGGCUCUGCUGUCCCCUCUGGGGGGCAGCUGUGUCCAUGGCUGGUGGCUCUCGUGGCCACCUCCCUCCCACACUACUCAAGUCGUGGCACUUUAGGUUCUCUUGGUAUGUUCUCCGUGAAUGGGUGUAGGUGCCCAUGGGUGGCUGCAGCUCCCCACGGGUGCCCGGGGACUGCAGCCCUCCUCUGCCUGACAUGACAGUUGAAUAAGCUUCCCCCUGGGUUUGGAGAUGAGGCCCCCACAGCUGGUGGAGCUGGAGCACUUGGACCUGUGUUCACUGUAUCUGGCCCUGAGGCUUUUCUCCCUGCAGCAGGUACCCGAAUCUAAGGGUCUAAAAUUAAACUCUUGCUCUUGUCCUGGCCGGGAUGGGGCUGCAGGAACUGCUCCCGGGCUCUGGGCUGUGCCUGGGAAGGAGCCAUGUCCCAGGCAACGGCGGGGGAGGCGUCUGGGGCCUCCCCUGGGAGCAGGGAGCAGUUGUCUGUGCCACUCAGCCGGGGGCUGCAAAUAGGCUUCCUGGAGGCUGUGAACACUGUGCUGCUGCACAUCGAUGGCUUUAACAGCUCCUGUGCCCUUCAGCAGGAGGGUUUGUGCCCCAGCAGGUGCCCGAGGCUUUAACCACAGCCCCUGUACUCAGGUUUUCUGUCAUCGUAGGACUUCCAGAAAUAGGGAAGUCCUUUGUGUGUGCGCACAGGCUCCACACCCAGCACUCGGUCGUCACACAGCAAAGGAACAGCCUCGACCUUCCUCCUCACCCAGGAUUGUGCAAUCUGCUCCCUUGGCUCAGUGUAACAGUGAGCAGGGCAUGGAGGGGUUAUGUUUGUGCUGAGUUUUGCUCUUCACUAUGGCAUUGAAUAAAUAUUCUGCUAAAGCA